AGAGUGUGCCAACAUUACAACAUUAACACAUAACAUAACUGCUUCUCUCUCUCUCUCUCUCUCUCUCUCUCUCUCUUUUCGUUCAUUUAUUCAUUUCAAUUCCAAAUUUCCAAUUCAAUUCAAUCACAAUUUCAGAUGCAGUGAGAUGCUCUCUAAGCCUUCCUCUGCAAUGCCCACCUUCCCUUCUUCCUCUGAGGAUAGAAAUGGCUUCUGCGUGUGGCCGGAUGUGAGACAACUUUGCAUUCGAAAGAGUCUUCUAUACGGAGUUAUGAGACUCUUUUCUUUACCAUUGAAAACACUGCGCGGAGCGAGUCGGUCACUGAGAGUAGACCAGUUUUGCAGUGUAGUGAACAUUUCCUCCUCAUUGCAGAUUGAAUUGGUGCCUUGCCUUGGGGACAAUUAUGCAUACCUUUUACAUGAUACAGACACCGGGACAGUUGGUGUCGUUGAUCCUUCUGAAGCGGCACCUAUCAUAGAUGUUUUGAGCAAGAAAGAUCGAAAUUUGACGUAUAUACUGAACACUCACUACCAUCAUGAUCACACUGGUGGAAAUACAGAGUUGAAAGAAAGGUAUGGGGCAAAGGUAAUUGGUUCGGAAGUAGACAAUGACAAAAUUCCCGGAAUCGAUAUCUCUUUGAGUGAUGGAGAUACAUGGAUGUUUGCAGGCCAUGAGGUCCUUAUAAUGGCUACACCUGGUCACACCCAAGGUCACAUAAGUUUCUACUUCCCUGGAUCCGGAGCGAUUUUCACAGGAGACACCUUGUUCAGCCUAUCAUGUGGCAAGCUCUUCGAAGGAACCGCUGAACAGAUGUUAUCUUCUCUUAAAAAGAUCAUGUCUUUGCCGGAUAAUACAAAUAUAUACUGUGGCCAUGAGCACACACUGAGUAAUUCUGAGUUUGCAUUGUCUAUAGAACCCAAAAACGAGGAACUUCAAUUGUAUGCUGCACAUGUGGCACACCUUAGGAAUAAAGGCUUGCCGACGAUUCCAACUACGUUGAAGGUAGAAAAGGCUUGCAAUCCAUUCCUUCGCACGUUUAGCACUGAAAUCCGGCGGAAGUUAAAUAUUGCAGUCACGGCAGAUGAUGCAGAAGCGCUGCGAAUUAUCCGGCAAGCGAAGGAUAAUUUUUAGAAAAUUUUUUCAUAUAUAUAUCUUAUCUAUAAAUUUUCAAAUGCUAAGGAUACUUAUGCUGUAUAGAUUAGAGGUGAUGCAUCCAUCAGGGAAUAUUGUUUACUUGAUGCUAUCUUCUCAAUAUAAUUUUGCAUUAUAUAAUUUUCUUUUGGGUUAAAUUGAGAGUUAUCUUUGUAAACUAGAUUAAGGUUUGGUGUCACAAAAUGAUCAUGAAUGGAAGAAUCUCAUUAGUCAUCACUCUCCUCAUGUUAGCAUAUGCUUGCUGCUUAAGAAAACUCUGUUUUGAUGAUUUGAUCCAUAGUGUUAUUGUGACAUGAAUACCAGAUUGUACAUUAGAUCA